UCUUGUAUGGUUAACCCAUGGGGGGAAGUCCUAUUUAGCAAACGAGCUUACAACGUAUGUGGACUCAACUUUCUUCAGAAAAUAUUUCUAGACCAGAAUCAAUCUGAUCAUCUUGGAGCAGGAGCUCAGCUCAGCCGUUCAGGUACACUGACAGAAAAAAGAUGGAAACAAGAUUUGCCUCAAGUCCAGCUGUAAGUGAAGUUCUAAACAUAGACAAUUACUUGGUUUGGAGCGUCCAAGUGAGAACUUAUUUGAUGGCUCAUGAUCUUUGGGAAAUUGUUGAAGCAACGGACGGACGUCCUAAACCAGAAAAUGAUGAAGCUGCAUCUAAGGCUUGGACCAGGAAGAAUGCCAUGGCUUUACAUGUGAUACAGAUUUCCUCCGGGCCACGCAUGUGUUUGCUGAUUAGUCUGAUAACUUCGGCCAAAGAUGCUUGGGAUACUUUGGCAGCAAUAUGCAGAAUCUCCCAAAGUGAAUAUUAUGAUUCUGAUGAAGAAAGUUAUAUGACUUGGGCCGAUCGGAUGAAAACAUGUUUUACAAAGAACGGUCUUUUGGAGAUUGUUGAAGCAACCCCCGAACCUCCUAAGCCUGAAGACGAUGAAAUUGCUUUUAAGGCUUGGAGCCAGAAGAAUGCAUUGGCUUUAUUUUUGAUCAGAGAAUCGUGCGGCUCGAACAUAUUUCCUCAGAUAGGGAAUAUUAGUGAGGCCAAAAAGGCUUGGGAUACUUUGGCAGACGUCGGGCAUUAUAUGGACUUUUACUCAGAUUUUCUGGACAUGGAGGAGAUAGAGGAGAUGAGCCACCUUAAAUAUCAAACCUUCGAAAAAAAUAUCCGAGAAAAUAAAUGGGAAGAUGUUGAUCUGUUCCUUAGGUCCAAUGAGGAGGCAGUGAGUGCAAAAAUUACAAAUAUGGGAAGAACGGCUCCGCACGUUGCUAUCGUUGCUGGACGUGAUGCUAUUUUAAGGGAGUUGUUGAACAUAACGACCCAAGAAAACUUAAAAAUAACAGAUAACGCUGGUUUUGCGGUUCUAGAUUGUUGUGCUGUUUUUGGAAACAAACAGAUGGCAGAAAUUAUAGUUACAAAAUUUCCGGCCUUAGUUAGCAUUGGAAAUGGACCUAAGCAAAUCCUUCCCGUGGUGUUGGCUAUUUGGCGUAACUCCAGUGCAAAAGAUUUGGUUAGCUAUCUCUAUGAAGAGACUCCUAAGGAGGAUCUAAAGUCAGAAAAAGGCGUCAAUGGUGCCACUUUUAUUAACAAGUGCCUUUAUGCCAAAGCUUUCGAUCUGGCUUUGAAUUUGCUCAAGUGUGAUCCAACACUCAUUACUUCUCUGGAUUUGGACGAAGUAUCCCCUCUGGUGGUAUUAGCUACCUUGUCUUAUGCAUUUCCGAGUGGAAAUCAGCUCGUAUUUUGGAAACAAUGGAUCUAUGAUGGUGGACCAAAUCUGCUGCGAUGUAUAUGCAAUUGUGCAACCGACGAACUCCCUUUAACAAAUACCCAUCAACAAGGGAGAAGGGGAGAAAGUGCUCCUGGAUUUGUCUCGGAUAUCCUCAAACUCUUGGGAUUGAAUCAAAUAUAUGAAUCGAAGUCGCUUCAUAAACAAUCCAGAGCUGUUCUACGCCACAUGUGCCGCGAGUUACCAAAAGUCAGUGCUGAUCGACUAGAAAAGGGUCUUGUUUUUGAAGCCAUCUGCAUCGCUGUCAAGAGAGGGAUAGUUGAGUUUGUUUCUGAAAUACUGGAUACAUUCCCUGAUUUUUCAACGUUGUGUCGGGAAAAGUCCACGAAACGAAACAUGAUUAUGAUUGCCGUUCUACAUCGUCAGAAAGAAGUAUUUAACUUCCUAUACAGGUUUAAUGAAAAGAACUUAACUACUUCAAAUAACUCAUUAUUAGCUGCGACAGAUAACAAGAAAAAUAACAUAUUACAUAUAGCUGCCAUGUUCGAAUCUUCCGCUGCAAGUAAUAGCGUUCCAGGCAAUGCUUUUCUUAUGCAGAGUGAACGUCAAUGGUUUAAGGAGGUGGAGAGAAUGGUUAGUCCUUCUCUAUUAGAAUAUACAAACAAAGAUGGUAAAAAACCUCGAGAAUUGUUUACGGAGUGCCACAAAGAUUUAGUGAAAGAAGGAGAAAAAUGGAUGAAGGAGACAGCAACUUCUUGUACUGUGGUAGGUGCCCUAAUUAUUACCAUUAUGUUCGCAGCGGCAAUUACCUUUCCAGGCGGUUACAAUCAAAAUACAGGCUGGCCAGUGUUCUCAAACAAUAAGGUGUUUAUGGUCUUUAUAAUAUGUGAUACAUUGUCUCUACUUUCUGCCUCAACUUCAGUACUGACGUUCCUUGGCAUCCUCUCGUCACGUUAUGCAGAAGACGAUUUUCUUAAAUCUUUACCUCUAAAGAUGAUUAAAGGCCUUUUCACCCUUAUUUUCUCUAUGGCAACCAUGAUGAUAACCUUUUGUACUUCUCUUUUCAUUAUUCUGCCUGGAAAAUCAUGGAUGGUCAUUCCUGUUAUUUGCCUUGCUAGUGUUCCGGUCGCAAAUUUCGCAUGGACGCAAUCUCACCUUCUUUAUGACAUGCUCAUUUCAACUUAUCGGUCAAGAAUCUUAGACAGGAAAGCGAAGACUGGAUCGUAAGUAAUUCAAUGUGCUACAGGAUGCAUACGUGUGUCUUGAAUAAUUGGCAUAUAGCCAGAAAUUGUUAUUUUUACUUUAUUUGGAAACAUAGCUGAUGAACUUUCCUCUUGUGAUCCCUAUUGCGAGUUAUAUGUGUGCCUUUAAUAAUUGGCAUGUAGCCAGAAAUUGUUAUUUUUACUUUUUUUGGAAAGAUAGUUGAACUUCCCUCUUGUGAUCCAUAUUGUGUGUUUUACGUGUGCCCUUAAUAAUUGGCAUGUGGCCAGAAAUUAUUAUUUCAACUUUAUUUAGAAGAUAA